AUAUCUAGGAUCUUAUUUACUCAAACGAUAAAGAAGUCAUAUCUUAUAUCUGGGCAUAAUUAAUCUUGCCAAAUCCGUAUAUGUAUCCUACCAUUAAUUGCACUAAAUGCAUUGUGGCCUUCUUUUCUUCUCUAUAUAUACACACACACACACGCAUACCCUCUUCUCAUAGCCAAACCAAGACCUAUCACUCCCAACAUGGCAAGUAGCAAUCCGCUUGAAUGGCCAGAAACCGUUGUACCAGUGCAAACUCUUUCUGGCUCUGGUAUGAGCACCGUGCCACGACAGUACAUCAAGCCUCCAUCUGAGCGUCCUAGUGGUAGCACAAAUGAUCCUAAUCUUAAAAUCCCAGUUAUCGAUCUUGCUAGCUUCUCUAAUGCUCCUGACCAUCACCAAGCAAUGCUAGAAAUAGUAGCCGAUGCAUGUAAGGACUGGGGUUUCUUCCAGGUAGUAAACCAUGAUGUGGACAUGGAAGUUGUGAAGAGGAUGAGAGGUGCAUGGAGGGAGUUCUUUGCCCUCCCCAUGGAAGAGAAGAAGGUAUAUGCAAACUUACCAGUAACAUAUGAGGGGUAUGGGAGCCGCCUUGGAGUUGAGAAAGAGGCAAUCUUGGACUGGAAUGACUAUUACUUCCUCAAUCUCUUCCCAAGUGAUAUCAGGAAUCUUGACAAGUGGCCAAAGAUUCCUACUGACCUGAGGGAAACCACUGAGAAAUAUGCAUGCCAAUUGAUAAGUCUCUGUCAAGUCUUGCUCAAGGCUGUGUCCAGUAGCUUAGGAUUGGAGGAGGACUACCUCCUUAGUGCUUUUGGUGGCACUGAUGGCAUCUCGGCUACCAUGCGCGCAAACUACUACCCUAGAUGCCCACAGCCUGAGCUCACUCUUGGUAUCUCGGCUCACUCUGACCCUGGUGGUAUUACCUUGCUCCUCGCUGAUGAUAACGUCGAGGGGACACAGGUACGCAAGGGAGACUCAUGGGUCACUGUGCAACCAGUUCCUGGUUCCUUCCUCGUGAACGUUGGAGAUCAGAUUCAGAUCCUAAGCAACGGGCGGUACAGGAGUGUGGAGCACCGUGCGCUGGCCAACUCCGAUGAGGACCGCCACACCAUCGCCUUCUUCUGCAACCCUCGUGGAGACCUCCCCAUCGCCCCGGCAAGUGAGCUCGUCCAUCCGGAGUCACCGGCGCUGUACCAGAAGGCUGUCACUUUCAAUGACUAUCGCAAGUACAUACGCACCAAGGGUCCUAGCGGCAGGAUGCAGAUCCAGUCCAUCAACAGCACCAUGCAGCCAGAGCCUGCAGCUUGA